AUUAAAAAAAAACAUUCCAAUUUGAAAUGCUGUUUAGUUUUCAAAUGAAAUCGAAAUUUUCAAUUUAGUUCUAAUCUGGUGGCUGGAUUGCAAACAUUUGAAAAUAAAAAAAUACCGAGACUGGCUGACAAUGAAUACAAUUUGUCUCAAGCCCUUGGCAUUUCUUGCCAUCUGUUUUCUGGCAUGCUCGGUGCAAGCGGAAUAUAGACCCAAUUGUUUUAAUGAAACAUGUGCCCGUUGGCUAAUGAAGGACGUGAAUCAAGUGUAUUUGGAAAGUGCCACCGCUUAUCGCCAAUUCGCAGACGAUGUUCUAAGUCCGGAAAUCCUGAUGCGUGAAAAGCUGCGUCCAUUCUAUGACAAAAUGCAAAAAUUCAAUUGGCAACAUUUCCAAGAUCCCCUGCUGCGCCGUCAAUUCGAAGUUUUGCUUCGCGGUGAGAAAUAUCCCCCCAUGACCUAUGACUUCAAGCGGGCCACCCACACCCUUAAGACCAUGGCUAAACAGAAGUUUGUCUGCAAUCGCCAAAAACUCAAUGCAUUUCCGGGUCGCAGAUGCUCCGACAUGGCCUACAUACAUCACAUCAAAUCGGUGAUCACGAACAGCGAUGACCUGGAGGAGAUCCAAUGGUAUUGGGCCGAAUGGCGUAACCGCAUGCCUGCAGAUGUUAAAGAAGCUCUCCACUACUACAUCCACUAUUAUCAGAAUAUGUCGACACCGGAAAUGCCUGCCUCGGCCGUGUGGUAUGACCAGUAUGAGGAUAGCAACUUUAUCGAUGAAUUGGAAGAGUUGAUGGAGUCCAUCCAGCCAUUCUAUCGUGAAAUGCACGCCCACUUGAAACAUGCCCUGCGUGUCAGAUAUGGUGAUGAUAUAAUACCCGAGUCGGGUCUUAUACCACAUCAUUUGAUGGAACAGGCCAUGUAUCAGUCGUGGAAGAAACAGAGCGUCUUGCGCAAUCCUUUCCCGCAGCGAAAGUUACCGAAUGUCCAACAAGAAUUGGAUGAUCUGGAAUGGUUCCCAUUCGAUUUGGUCAACAUCAGUUGUCGUUUCUUCAGUUCCAUGGGAUUCACCAAUUUGACGGAAGAUUUUAUGCGUGACAAUUUCAUUGAAAUGGAACCCUCUGAAGGUGGUCCCGAUUGCAAAUCGCGCAUCUUCACCUAUGGCGAAAUUGAGCUGAACUACUGCCCGAAAGUGUAUUACAAAAAAUUACUCCAAACCCAUGGCGAUAUCAGUCAAAUACAAUAUGCCAUUUUGAAAAACAGCUAUUCGGUGGGUUUGAAUCAAGAAGCUGCUCCAGGAUUCGGUAAUGCCAUGGGAGAGGCGGCCAUCCUGUCCGUUUCGACGCCCAAACAUUUGCAACAGAAUUUGGGUCUGCUGACUAAUAUUGACUAUGAUGAUAUUUUGAAUUUGAAUCGUUUGUAUCGAAUGGCCGUUCACACUGUCUUGACCAUUCCCAUGUAUUUUGUCCAUGAAAAACUGUGGAUCGAUAUGAUCGAUAAUAGAAUCUCACCAGAUCGAUAUAAUUGUCACUAUUGGAAUUUGAUGGCCAAGUAUAUGGGUGUGGGACCCACAACACAGACCAAGGAUGGUGCCUAUGAUAUGCCCUAUAAAUUCUAUGAAGGUAUUGUGGAACAAUCAAGAAGUACCAGAAAACUCUUUGGUGAAUUUUUGGGUUAUCAAAUUUAUCGGGCCAUCUGUUUGGAAAUUGGAGAGUUCCAACGCGGUAAUGCCUAUAAAGUCUUGAACAACUGUGAUUUUGCCAAUCACAAAGAAGCUGGUGAGCUAUUAAAACAAAUGAUGUCGGCCGGUUCAACCAAAUCCUGGCGUAAAAUCAUCCGCCCUCUGACCAUACGAAACAUUGAAAAGAUAUCGGCUACGGCCUUCUUGGAAUAUUUCGAGCCGCUGAACACAUGGAUCACCGAGGAUAAUAUUGAGAAAAAUCUCAGUGUCGGCUGGACUUAUGGUGAUAAAUGUCAACGUUCAACGUAAAGGAAAGCAAAACAAGCCCCAAGAUGAUGACGAUGAUGCCAUUGUGCCUUGAAGGAUAUCCAAAGAUCCAUUUGGGUAUCCUGUAUUUGUCAUUGACAAAAUGAAGAAAUAAUUUAAGGAUAUUUUUCUUAUUUUAGAUUUUGAUUUUCUUAUUUGGUCUAUCAUGUGUGUUGCUGUUGUUGUUCUAUCCUUUGUUUAUUUUUUGUAUUGAUGAUGGAUGGUGGAAAUAAGACAAUGAUUCGCUUCAAAUAUCAAA